AUGACAAAUAAAACCAUGAUGAUGAUCUUCCCUGGUCUCGGGUUCGCCUUCUUGCUCAGUGCCCCCCGCGGAGGCGGAACAGCCUCGGCCCUCGAGGCGGCCGGGGCCGAAAGCUCGGGCUCCCCCCAGGCCCCGCCAACACGCGUCGGCCCCCGCUUCUCCUUCCCCGGGGGACAGAAAAGCUCACGGGAACGGCCCUCGCGGCCGUCAACAGCUUUUAUUGCGGGCGCGUUCGGGCAUGGCGGAGACGCUGCGGUAAGCCGGGGGUGCUCAGUAACUACCCCCGCUGUCUCGUGCAGAAACCUGAAGGGAAGUAUUCAGGAUGGGGUCAGCUACAUGGGAAACUUCCUGGAGAAGCUGGCGCCCCUCAACAGAGGCCUCCAGCCCCGGCUCUACCACGACUCGGACAGCCUGCGGAAGCUCAUCAGGAAAGAGCUGGAGAGCCUGAGGGUGAAACUGUCCCCCUACGUGGACGAGGUCCACCACAAGGUCGGCAAGCACCUGGAAGAUCUUCGCCACCGGCUGCAGCCGUUCACGGAGGAGCUCCUGGACCAGGUGUCCCUGAAAGCCCGGGAGCUCCGGCGGCACCUUAUGCCCAGCCGGGAGGCGACGGCUCAGCUCCUGGAGGGCGCGGACGAGGUCCAGAGGUUCAUGGCUCAGUACGCCGACAAGAUCGCGUUCCACACCGGCCAGGUGAAGGACAUUUUCCGCCCCUACGCGGACAGGCUGGUGACCGAGAUCCACCGCAACGUGGAGGAGCUGCACAGAAACGUCGUCCCUCACGCCCAGGCCAGCCCGGAGCAGCUCAACCGGUACAUCCAGGAGCUCUCCGCGAAGCUGACCCAGAACGCGAGGCACCUCCACCAGAAGAUCCAGGGCAACCUGGAGCAGCUCCAGGCGAAGCUGAGAGGCGGGGGGCGGCCGCCGGCCCCCCCGGACCGCUACGCGGAGGAGCUGGCCCGGGAGGUGCAGCGGCGGGUGGAGGAGUUCCGGAGGGACACGUACCUCCAGAUCCAGGACUUCACCCGCGCCCUCGACCAGGAGACGGAGGAGAUGAGGCUGAAGCUCUCCUCCCUCCGUGCCUGGGACUUUCUGAUUCUCCUUUCCGUUCCUGUGACCCAGGUACUGCAGUUCAACACCAACUGCCCCGAGUGCAAUGCUCCAGCUAACACCAAUAUGAAGUUAGUGCAAAUCCCACACUUCAAGGAAGUGAUUAUCAUGGCCACAAACUGCGACUCCUGCGGGCACCGGACAAACGAGGUGAAGUCCGGAGGAGCAAUCGAACCGCAAGGCACCAGGAUUACCCUUCGGAUUACAGACCCUUCCGACAUGACGAGGGAUAUCCUAAAGGUACAGUGCCUUGGGUUACCUGCCCUGUCCUGCGGCGGGUGCCUGCCUGAGCGAGUGGGUCCGCUCUUGCAGGUUGAGAGAAACCCCUUCACUCUGGGGGACAGCUCUAGGCCCAGCAAAACGGAAAAGCUGCGAGAGUUCGUCGGGAAACUGCAUGAGAUCGCAGAGGGAAAGACAAAGGCUCACUUCAUCAUGGAUGACCCUGCCGGCAACAGCUAUCUUCAGGUACAGCGUCGCGCGCUCGAAGGAUGA